UAUCGCCUGGCCUGCGUGGACAGUGGGGGAGAGGGUGGCACAAUCAAACUCAGGAGCAAGGCGGAGCCACAUCAGAGUCAGGAGGCGGAGACAGGGAUCUUUGCAGCGGCCCAGUCUUGGUCAGAGUUUAAGGUUUCGUGGACAGGUGAAUGAAGACAAACCUCAUCAAUCAAACAACCUGAUUAAGAGCGACCUGCGUUCGUCAGGAAUUUCCUAUCAAGAGAUUGAAUGUCUCAUCAACGGUGACUACACCAUUCAAGGACGACGUGAAGGACAAGAGGUCUAUCUGCCAUUCUCCUUUAUAGAGAAAUACUUUGAGGUGUAUGGGAAGAUUGCCGAAUAUGAUGGCUACGAUCGCUUUGAAUGGCAACACAGCGUGGCUCGCAUCUACCAGCAAGCUCCCUACAGACCAGAGGGAGAAUUUAUGUCAUUUGGUCAUUACAACGUGGAACCAAGAGAGAGAGUUAAAAUGAUAAGUGGGGUGGAAGGCGUGCCUAUCUCCAUUCAGUGGGGGGUCCAGGGUUACUUUUACGCCAUCCAAGUGGCUCAGUUUGGCCUGAGUCAUUACAGUAAGAAUCUGACUGCCAAGGAACCUAAAAUUAAAGUCUUUGAGAACGGAGAGGAAGGUGAUGUAGAGAGAUGGAACCUUGCUGAUCGAGCCAGUCAAAUUUCAGCGGUCUACGACGACACAGCAAGAUCAAAUGUCAUUGAAUUUCAGACCAGCGAUACAUUAUCUCUUGGCCAAGGGGCAACUCUUCCUCUAAACAAUAGACGCUUGUUUGUUCUCUCCUUUGACUUAAUCCUCAUGAGCAAUGCAACAAUCACGGUGACCGUUCAGGACGAAAAAGACAAGACGCACAGUAUCCACUAUAUGGCCACAGGUGAUAAAGUGAUCCAUAAAGGAAGCCAUAUCUAUUACGGGAUUGGACCCUGCCAUAAGUGGCGGAAAAUCACCCGUGAUUUGUUAGUAGACUACCAGAAAGGUCUUGGUCAGACCAACAAGAAGUAUGUGACCAGUGUUCAAACAGUACUAGGUAAAGUACUCAAGUUCUCAGUACAUGGAUUCGGACGGAUUGACAACGUGACUCUGUCCUCGUCCAGCCAUAUGACGCAGUUUUUCGACGCUGCCAACUGGUUGCUGAAGAACCAGGACGGCAAGGGAGGGUGGCCGGUAAAGGUGGAGAGGUUCCUUGGGACGGGGUUCCAGACUCUGUCACCAGGUUGGUACUCUGCCAUGGCACAAGGCCAGGCUAUCUCCACUCUCAUUAGAGCUUACUACAAGACUAAAGACAGGAGAUACCUAGAUGCUUGCUUAAGGGCAACCAAACUUUACAAGAUUUUGUCUUCAGAGGGUGGUGUAAAGGCCAUUCUUUUUGAUAAGUACACGUGGUACGAGGAAUACCCGACCACACCCAGCUCCUAUGUUCUCAACGGCUUCAUCUACAGCCUGAUUGGCUUGUAUGAUCUAAUGAAGAUAGCCUCACCGGAGGAAGGCCGGGAAGCAGCUCAGCUUUUUGAAGAUGGGAUGCAAUCCCUUCGAAAAUUCCUCUUAUUGUAUGAUGGAGGGACGGGUACAAUCUACGAUUUGCGUCAUGUGACUUUAGGACGAGCUCCAAAUCUAGCACGUUGGGAUUAUCAUGCAACUCAUAUUGCUCAGCUGCAGCUGUUGACUUCCAUAGAUCCAGAUCCAGUCUUCAAGACGACCCUAGAUCGCUGGCUUGGCUAUACCAAAGGCAUCAGAGCCAAACACAAUUGAUCAGGUGAUCCAGGCAUCUGUGAUGUAACCUGACUGUCUGUAGAUGAUACAGCAUCUUUGAGCUAGGAUAGAAGAGAGCACUUCUCCAACACUCACUGAUGCUUAGCUCUUGUCCCAGAUGUCCAUGGAUACUGGGUGAGUGGAUCGUCUUUCUGUAUCUACCAGAAACUUUUGGUCAGUAUGACUUGCUGAGAGAGACCAGGUCAUUAAAUGCAGCAGGGCAUUUAAUGAGGGUAGAAAACAGUACGGGAAUUGCAAUUGUUUCAAGGCCUUUAUUAUCUGUAAUCUGUAACCACACUUGUAUUUCAAGUGGGUCGGUGUAAUAAAGUCCAAGCUUUUGAAAACUGAAGCACUCCAAAGUGAAGUAUCCAUAUCCUGCCUUUCUACUCCUCGUCCAAAUCAGUAUUUGGCUGAUGAAUAUCCUUAAAAAGUGUUGUUAAAAACAGCCUAAAAAGAAAUCUGCUAAAUUCAAAAACUGUGUUAUCAUUUUGUUUUUUUUUACAAACUUUAAGCAGGAAUAAGGUGGCUUUAUUAUUGAAACAGUACGUAAAUUGUUUGGUUAAAAUCUGUCUUGAGUUAUGGUUUUGAUGAGUGAAACACUGUUGAGCUCUCCUGGGGUCUGUUUGGCUCUAAAUCCACUAACUACAGUUGUAAUUGCAUUUCACACAUUCAGUGUAUAGAUAAAUACCGCACAGCCAUGGAAUGUGUUAGAUGUCAAUCAAGUUUAGCUCUACAUUAAGAGAAAUCAUUGGUAGGAUCUGGUAAUGGCGAUGACGAAAGUGAGUUGCAUCAGUGAGAAAUUGAUGUCCCAUUCUCAAGGCAGUGAUGCAGCAAAUAUUGAAGCUGUGAUGGGUGGAGCCUUGGUUCAUUCAUCACCAAGUCCCUUGAAAUGAUCGCCUUGAGAAUCCAGUCAAAAUGCUUCGAUACUGAAUUUGUUUGUGUUGGCCCUUGGUCUUUAAAUGUAGCUAGUGUUUGGUGGUGUGUUCUUAAGAAGAGUUUAUACAGGGUAUUCAUCAUUAUUAACGAAAACAUAAAUUGCGUGUAAAGAUGUCAUAAUAUGUGAUACUAAUCACUUUAAAUCUGAAAGAGAUAAAAGCAAGUGCACCGUGUACUAUUCUACUUCUUGUUAUCUAUCUGAAUUGGAACAGUGUUUAAUUGGUUUUUUAUACUCAAUGAUCAGUUGUCCUGAGAAUUUUUUUUCUUUUUAGGGCGUGGCUUUCAAAACGUCAAGUGAUCUUUGGGGAAAGUAUACAGUCUUUUUUAGCAGACUUUUAGGUACACAUUUCAGUACUCAUCCAGAGCACAGGAAAAUGCUCGUAUUUCACCCAAAAAGGUUUGCUCAAAGCAUUUUGUUUUUAAAACAAACUUCACUAAUUGCUAACUCCAAGUUUUUUAAUUAGUUUGUUAUCAUACACCAAAUAAACCUCGUAGUAACAUACUGAAAUAAUGCUUAAAAUGUAAUCUCUUUUACAGGUCAAGAUAGAUUUCAAAUCGUUGUCAGCUGUAUAAAAGUACUGUUUUAGAAUUUUGCACUGCCGUACUAAGUUUUGUCACUGUGUAGAAGUCAAUAUAAAGUAGAUAUGGUGAUUGGAAUGGCUUAUGGCACAUUCGCUCCUACCAAUAAAUGUCAGACUAAAAAUACUUCCCUUCCAAUGCAGUUACUAAAAGUAAAAGAUUUAUCAACUGAUCAACCAUUCAAGUAGAUUGCAGCUCCUAAUUUUAAAUUCACAAUCAUUUGAAAACGAAACAAUAAUCGACAAACCACAUAUCACCCAUGGCCUUUCAGCAGUAAAUAUUCUUUGUGCCAACAUAGCAACUGCGAGUUUUAGAAAUAAUUCUUUUGCGUUCUGCCGCAAAUGACCCAAUGUGAACGAUUCACAAUAGUGCGCCACCAAGAGUUCGCAACAUGUUGGCCAAUCGUAACGCGCGAAAUUUGUCGACCC